CCAAAUGCAUCAAUCAGCUCAUUACUCACUUGGCAGCCGUUCAUCAGUGAAGUUGCAUAUCGAAGAAAGAGAGAAGCAACAGCUUUUAUCGGUUGAAGUGAUUUUUUUUAGAAAAGUGACAAUAUUCCUAAUUGAACGAAGCAAAGGCACAAACUUUCAAGAUGGUGGUGGAUGUGGCGAUCUCCAGAUUGGAUAACACAACUCCUUUUGGGUUCAAAUUGGUGGGCGGAGCCGACUUCGAUGUUCCUUUGCAAGUUGUAAAAAUCGUACCCGGAAGUAUCGCCGAAGCGGUCGGUGUUCGCGUCGGUGACGUGGUGGCACGCAUCAACGAGAUACCGACCAACAACCUUUCGUACUAUGACGCCCAUCAGCUGUUGGCUUGCGCCGGAAAUUCGUUCGUGCUUGGAAUCGUGAGAGCACAUGAGGUUCCAGCGCAGCAACGCGCUGUUAAAGAAAAUACUCCAUGUGGCGAGGUUGAGUACAUCAACACGUCACCGAAGCCUUUCUGGACACCAUCUACAAACCGAACUCAAACCAGCGAAGAGUCCGAAAUCGAAGCGAGGAUCUCUGAUGCUCCAAUUACCGAUGAACAGAUUGCGGAGAUUCUAUCUGGUGAAGCCGAAGUACUUAAGCAGCACAAUGUAAUUGGUGUCAACUUUAAAAAGAUGAUUCCGUCGUCGGGUGUUUUCAAGCAGAGCGAAGUGUUCAAAACACUCAACAACGAGCUUGUUCAAGGUGAAGAAAAGAGACAUACUACCUUCAUGCAAAAACCGGCACGCCCUCCACCGAAAACUCGCGAGGAGCGCCUGCGCGAGUUGAAUCCACCAGCGGAACGCUAUCAGGUACGAAUCGUGAAACAACCGAAGCCGAAGAUUGCACCCGACUACAAGCCACCCAAAUCGCCGGAGCCAAUUCCUGAGCCAGAACCCAUUCCCAUGUACGACGAAUACUUAACUGAAAGGGUAGAAGUUGAGGUGGACACCAUCAAGACACUGGAAUCGGAACCCGUCAUGCAGAGUACAGGUAACAGUGGUUCCCUCGAUCCUAGCUCCGUCGAUUCCGAUAUCUACCCGGAAGGGUUCCCCGAUCCCACCUUCGAUUCAGAGAACAAUGUUGAUAACACGAGCCAUACGAUAGUAGGUAAUGGCAGUGGUCCUGCAAGUGAGCCAGAGGAAGAUUCUGAAACAUCGGAAGAAUUCCGCGAGCAACUGGAGAACGUCCAGAAGCAAUUGGAAGCCCUAUCAAGCCUUCCGAUCACUAUUCAAGCCACAAUUGCUGCGUUGACAGAGCAGUUAUCUGCUUUGGCGCAACCCAAGCGAAAGUCGAAGUCCGUUACCCCUCGCCCGGAAGAAGGGUCAGCAGCGAUCAAUUUAGAAAGUAGUGCCGAACCAUCUUCGGCAAUCAUUCCGGAAGUAUCAGAAUCGUUCGAGGUUACAGAAUACUGCAAAACUGAAACUGAACAGUCAAUCGGGGAACAGUCCGCUAGCUCUGACGAAGGUGAACACAUCAUCUACACGGACGAACAGUUGGAAGCGUUGCAGCAGAAGAUGAAGGAACACGACAUCGAGUGGACCGAUCGGAACGACAAGAGUUCGGAAGAAUCGUCCCAGUUGGGUACAGCCGAGGGUGACACCCGAACAGCGGUUCAGGACGAACUUAAGCUGCAGGUCGUCAAAAAGAAGAAGAAGACCGUAAGUGCUUUCGGUCCAUUGACUCCGCAGGAGCGACCCAUCUUCCUACCCGGUGGUCGCAAGUGGCGCAAUGCCAAGGAUGCCUUCAAUGAGCAGUUCAUCGCCGAGGUGAUCAGCUCACAGGCCGAACUGAUCCAAGGCACUACGUUGGGGCACUUUUACGAAAGUCCACAUCUGGGCUAUGACGACAGGGUUAACUUCCUCAAGUACCAAAAGCCGGAGAAAGACCUUAGUUUCAUAAAAAAUAGUGACGUGUACAAGCUGAUCCACGACCAGGACCCUCCAAAGACCGGCAUCGAGUUACGCCCCGAGAUGGUGCUGGCCGAGGAAGAUGUGCGAAAGGUAAUGCAUGACGAAACCAUAUUCCAACCCCGCAAAUCUCGGGUAUUCUUGUACCAAAAUUGAUCAACUCCAAAUUUCAUCUACCCUCCAUCAUCAUUUAUUCAUCGUCAUCGAACAAUCCGUCCGUGAUUGGCACUCCCUCUGCGCACCACCACCACCUUGAAUCCGUCACUUGCGCGCUCGCACAUUUGCUCUUCGGCGUCCGAUGCCCGAUGGUUCCGACUGCACGUGCCUCCGAACAACGACAAUGAUGGAUGAUCGAUAAAAAUAAUCGAACCACAAACGAUAAUAGUGUGUGUCACCAUGUUGAAAGAACUGAACCGAGCUCGUGCAUAUUGCCAAAAGUUUAUUUUGAGACCGUCAGCGAAUGAAGGUCAGAUGGUUUUCGUUAGUACUUUCCUUUUUCCUAAAACUGCGUCGCGUUUGUAGAUUGUAAGGUUGUUAGUUUAUCAAGUUUUGUUUUUCUUAACAUCAUUUUAUCAUCUUUGAGAGGUUCUUCAUUACAGCAUACAAGUAGGUAGUUCUUCAAGUGAUUCGUUGUAGUCGAUUCUACUGCAUUAGUUUACUAUUAUAUAGUUUAAAUCUUAAGAGUAAUAAAACAAUAUGAAACUAGAAGAAAA